GCAAAACUGAACGAAGUGCAGAAUGUUUCUCUCGUCAACAAAUGCGUGCUUUUCCAAGUUUAUAUCGAGUUCAUCUUGUCCGCUCAAGUCUUCUGAUGUUUAAAAUGCAUUUAUGUUCAUAAUUUAUCAUUUUAAAGAAUAAUCUUUAAAGAAGGAUCAUCAUUCAUCACAAGUUUGUGCCAAGACUUAAAAAUGCAUUCAAAAUUCCGAUUUUAUCUUAUCCUUGUUGCAUGCAGUGGUGUAAUAUUUUUUGUUUUGUAUAAAACUUUAUCUGGAGAAGAACAAGAUUCUGAAUCUCAUUCAAAAUAUUCUCAACUGGAACGAUUAAGUUCAUAUCAGAAACUUGUGUCAAAAAGUGUUCCAUUGGUAAACAUCAAUGACCUUAUGCCUGUGACCCAGUCAAUAUUCCAUUUAGAAAGACAAAGGCAGAAAGAAGCUCAAGUUCAUGCAAAUAUUCGUAAAAAUUCUGCAUCCAAGUCUAUUUUUCCUAAACAGUCUCUUUCUGUUGAUGAAUUUGAAAAAGAUGAACUUGAAAUUGAUCAUCCAGUUAGAUCUGUAAAUGAAAGGGUUAGCAAAGGAAUUAGAACUCCAAAGCCAGAAGAACUUGUUAACAUUGAGAGAAAAUUUGUUCACUUGGAUCUUAAAGGAGCACCACCUAUUGUUAGUUAUUAUAAAAAGUUGUUUCCUCUUUUGCGCAAUUUAGGUGCAAAUGGGCUUCUUAUUGAAUAUGAAGAUAUGUUUCCGUUUCAUGGCCCUCUAGAACAACUAUCUGCUCGUAAUGCUUAUACUAAAAAUGAACUCACAGAAAUAUUGUAUCUGGCAAAAAUGAAUAACUUGGAAGUGAUGCCAUUAAUACAAACUUUUGGCCAUAUGGAGUUCAUCUUGAAACUACAAACUUAUUUAGAACUAAGAGAAGUUCCUGCUUAUCCACAAGUCAUUUGUCCUUCGAAUAAUGGUACACAAUUACUUCUUCGCCAAAUCAUUGAUCAAGUUGUUGCCCUACAUCCUCAAAUAAAAUGGUUACAUAUAGGUUCUGAUGAAGUUUAUUAUAUUGGAGAAUGCAAUUUGUGUCAAAAAUUUAUGAGAAAACAUUUUAUGGACAAAGAAGACCUUUUCAUUAAUCAUGUCAAAAGUAUCGCCAAAUAUAUUAAAGAGAAGUAUCAAAUACAGCCAAUAAUGUGGGAUGACAUGUUUCGUAUGGUUCCCGAUGAGACGAUAAGAAAAUCAGAAAUUUGGAAAUAUGUAGAAAUCAUGGCAUGGCAAUAUGGUCCUUAUGUAGAAAUGAAGAUUUCACCUGAUGCAUGGAUAAAAUAUGGGAAAUAUUUUUCAGGCAUAUGGGUUGCAAGUGCAUUCAAAGGAGCAACUGGAGCUAAUCAGUAUAUGACAAAUAUUUCCUAUCAUCUUGAAAAUCAUAUCUCUUGGAUAAGUGUUUUAUCUAAAUAUAGAAGCGAGAUUAAUUUUAAGGGUUUUAUUUUAACUGGAUGGCAGCGUUAUGAUCAUUUUGCUGUGCUAUGUGAACUUUUACCAGUAGCAAUUCCUUCCCUUGCCAUUAAUUUAUUAUUUCUUGAAAGGCAGGUAGUUGAUAAUGAUUUAUUUCAAAAAGCAAGAGAUAUACUUUUGUGUGAUUCCAGGCUUUCGCGCAAUACUAACUAUACUUCUGAAGAAGUUUUCUGCAACUACCCUGGAAGCAAUGUAUUUAAAGGUGCCCAGAGACUUACUCAUUUAAAUUUUAUGUUGCAAAAGUUUUUGUCUAAUAGCCAUAUUAUUGGUUGGAUGAAUGAAUACAAUAUACAGAUGCUGUUUUCUAGUCCAGCCCAUGUGGAAUUAGGGACUCAGAAUCUGGAAGCUUUAUCAACAAAUGCUACUUUGCUGCACACUUUCUUUCAAAAUACUAUGCCUGAGGUGUAUGAUAAACAUACUAUUGAUGAAUGGUUAAUGACAUUUGUUAAGCCUGUUAUUACUCAAAUUGACAAAAUUCGAAGCAAUGCUGAUGAAUUAUUAAAGUUCAGGUCUUGGCCUCGUAGACCGUUAAUGUGAAACAUAAGCCAUCUUUGAAGGAGAUUAGUGGUAACCUUGAUUUUUCUAAAAGUUCAUACAUAACUAUAUUUUGAUGCAUUUUAACUUUGACAGAUUGAUUGCUUUAUGUGUUCGUAAAGUUCAAGUGUUUCAAGCCAAACUAAAAGAUUAGACUUCAAAUUGUGAACAAAUGUGAUAUUUUUUAUGGUUAGAUUGAUAUUACGGAUUCUUUGUGUGUGCAUGUAUCCACAUUUUUCUUGCUCAAAUGUAUAUAUAUAUACAGUCAUCGCUCGAUAUAACGACCAUCUCCAAUAUAACGACCAUCUCCGUUCCAGAAAAAAAGGUCUUUAUAACGAGUGGUCGUUAUAAGAGGUAUUAUUUAA